GGCAAGGGCCUUCCACUCAACAUUGAGGUCAUGGAGCUUGAUCUUCUCUCUUUGGAUUCUGUUGCACAAUUCGCAGAGGCAUGGAAUGCCCGCAUGGCACCAUUACACGUUCUCAUCAAUAAUGCUGGCAUAUUUUCGAUUGGAGAACCACAGAAGUUUUCAAAAGAUGGGUAUGAAGAACACAUGCAAGUGAAUCAUCUAGCUCCGGCUAUGCUUUCCAUAUUGCUUUUACCAUCACUUAUUAGAGGUUCUCCAAGCCGAAUUGUUAAUGUGAACUCUACUGUAAGUCUAGCAAUAUGCCCCUACUACAGAUGGAUAUGUUAUAUACUCAGUUGUUUUUCCCACUUUUGGCACUCAGUUACUGCUUUAAAUGAUCCCUGUUGUUCCAUGAUAUGGAUACUUUAAAAUAAGUUGCAAACUGAACUAUCGGCAUUGGUGAAAACGUUUUAUCUAGUAUGCAUUAAUUUGAAAUAGUAUAAACCAUAAGCUUGGUCGAAGCAAUGAUAUACAGAAAUAUGGGGGUGGUUCAGCAUAGAAUUCAUUAUUUCAGCCCUUUCCUUUUGGAAGCCUUUGCUUUUCUCAUGAACAGCCCGGGCAGAAAAGGUACUUUACUGCUUGGGAAAUUGAAGUUGCCUGUCCUACAUCUUUGUCCUUUAAGAUUCAUGGUGUACGUGUUAAUAAUAUAUAAGGAAAAAAAGAUUACAUACUAUUAGGACUUAGAAGGGGAACCUUGGAGUAACUCGUAAAGUUGCUGCCAUGUGACCAGGAGGUCGUGGAUUCAAGCCGUGGAAAUAGCCAUACAAGGUAAGACUGCGUAUGAUAGACUAGCCCUUUCCUGGACCCCACAUAUAGCGGGAGUUUUUGUGCACUGGACUGUCCUUUAUACUAUUAGGACUUGCUGGCCUUCGCUGCAUAAUGGCAUGAGUAGGUAGAUUAAGAGUAAUUUUGACUUGAAGUUUCAAUAACUGUGGGAUACCCUGAAAGUUUGUGGGCUUGAACUUUUCCUUUUGGACAAUUUCUUUGGGGCGUCAAUUAUUGUUUGAUU